UUCUCAAUUUCUCAUAUUACUUUUUUUCUCAGUUUAAAGUCGACGUGGAAAAAAUGUCAUCUUCUACACAAGAACUAAGUUACAGUUUCUGCCCAUUGAACGACCACUUCAUUUAUCAGUCACUUCCGGAUCGACUGCGCAUGCUCGCAAAAGAAGAUCCAAACAGGGAGGCAUUUGUUUUUUACAGCAUGGACCACACAAGAAAUGUUCUAACGAGACAGGAAGUUUUGGAGCAGACGACGCAUCUGGCAAAACGACUUGUACAUCUCGGACUUGAAAAAGGAAAUACAGUCGCAUUUCUUAUGAAAAAUUCAUUACAAAUGUUAAUUUGCAACAUGGCUGUUGUGAUGGCAGGCGGUAUCCCAUUUUUCUUGUCGUCAACAAUAAAAGACGGCAGGGAUCUGAUAGCUACUCUUAGACAUAUGGAAGGAUCAUUUCUGUUUAUUGAUGCAUCAGACGGCGAUGAAAACUGGGAACUGGUAAAUAGAAUAUGGCCAUCAGGUGAGAAUUCGUCAGGAGAAACUCCAAGUUUAAAAUCAGUCAUUAUUAAUGGUAGAGCUGAUGAAUGUUGUAAAAGGAGAAUCUCCUUAGAAUCAUUAAUCAAGCUUCAAUUGUCAGGCACGAAAGAACUCCCUGUUGUUCUCCCAGAGGACACUUUGGUAUAUUUCUGUACUUCCGGUUCAACUGGACAGCCAAAGGUGGUUACCAUUACACACUAUAGUUUGUUUAACUGGACAAAACAGGCAAAUAAAGGAUUUGGUAUAACAAGUCAAAGCCGAUUUUUUAAUGAUAGAUCGUUUAGUUGGAUAUUCGGCUAUCCAAGAACAUAUGUCACUGACGGUGCAACGCGUAUCUGUGUUGAUCCCCGGAUUUCCGUUUCCGGUAACCAUGUUGAAUUCCUUUGUGAUGUCAUCGAAAGGGAGAAUUGUGAUGUCAUAUUCCUACCUGGGUAUUUAACAGCUGACCUUAAAUCUAGACUUUAUUUGAAACAUAAAUUCCAAUCAGUUACAACACAGAUUUGGGGAGGAGAAAGACUUUCCAAACAGAAUAUUGCAGGACUGAAAAGUUUGUUUAGCAUGCGGAUUUGUUCAUUCUACGGGACGACGGAAGCCGGUGGUGUUUCUCUUUUUGUAUCAAACGACAUUAACGAAUAUGAAGAUGGCAUAAUAGGGAAACCCCUUCAUGGAGUUGAAAUGAAGAUCAUUGAUUCUUUAGGUAACACGUUACCUGCCGGUCAAAGUGGUGAAAUAUGUACACGCAUUACGUGGCGUUUUGACGGAUACCAUAAAAUGCCGGAUAUGUUUACGGCAGUGGUUGAUAACCAAGGCUGGUUUCACACUUCAGAUUUCGGCCACAUGCGAAAGGAUGGAAAUUUCAUUGUAGAAGGGCGGUUGAAAGAAGUGAUAUCGUCAGGCGGCUAUGAUUUCUUUCCGUGGAGUAUCGAAAACGUAUUGAAGAACAUGCCCAAUGCUGCGCAUGUCAUUGCCGUAGGUGUUCCCGAUCAGCGUCUCGGACAAGUAGUGUGCGCAUGCGUUGUUCCAAAGGUCGAUCACGUGAUAAUGGAUGUCGAUAUUCAAAAGUUUUGCGAUGAUGAAUUUAGUGAACACGCUUCAGUGAUCGGUGUAAGCAACAAGCCUCAGUAUCAUAUGGUGCUCGAAAAUUUACCUUUAACAUCGACUGGAAAAAUAGACAGACGUACAGUCGCAAAACUUGCAAUGGCUAAACUAGGCCUUUGAUAGAUAUAUGCAUUUCUCUACAAUAUGUUUUGAAAUAUAUUUUUGUGAUAUAUAAAAACGAAUAACAGAAUGCAAAAAUAUUACACUGAUCUAUUGUUUAUACAGUUCAAACUUUGACGAUUGGUUCAUACAUACGACCAACAUUAAAAACAUGAUUUAAUGAAAAGACAGUGGUAUGAGCGAUUUAUCUGAUCAUGGCCUUCGAUUGUUCUCAUUUACUGAAAUGACUGCCAAUGGAAUCCGCCUAUAAUAAGCGCAAAAAGAACACGCCUUUGUCCGCUGUUUAAGGUAUGCAGACAAUAUAGUGUGAUGGAAUAAAGGAGUCUAUAAAACGCUUUUUAAAGAACAAUUUUCAUAUAAUUUUGCUAUGGAUUUUGUGUCCCUCGGUAGUGUUUUGCCCCAGUUCGUCCGUCCGUAAGCAACAUCUGGUCUGGCCCCGUAUCUUUUGAAUACUUGGCAGAAAUGUUUACAAUUAUGUGUGAGGACGUGCAGAACGCU